CCUUGUUCUACGUAAGGUGUUUACCGGAAAUAUUUCCCGCAGUUUUCAGAUAUGUUAGAAUGAGCGUCUUUUUGUGUUAUAAACAUUUUAUUUGUGAUUAUGUGGUUAUUUAGAUGACAGAGAUGUGACUGGUCCGGGAUUGUAUGUGUUUUGAUGUCGAAUGUAUCGUGGAAACCCUAGUUUUACUUCGUAACCGAAGAUUUGUGGGAGGCCUACUUCCUAGGUAGGCCCUCAGCCAAGACUCUGCCGACUCGGACCAUUUCUCAACAUUUAAGUGUUGAUGCUUCAGUAACAUGUCACCACAUGAAAUUGUAUACCCUCAGGGGUGCCGCCCUGUAUCGGAUGAUUUGGGCCCAGAUGAAUUAAUCAGGAGGCUCAAGACUCUUGCCCACACCUUGCAGGCUAUGGGCCAAGAUGAAGGAGCGUACCAACAGUAUAUUCCCCUUGCCCUACACUUAGCAGAGGAACACUUUUUGACUCAUCAAAGCCGUGAUGUACAGUUGCUCAUCGCUUGUUGCAUAGCUGAUGUGCUUCGUGUCUAUGCACCUGAAGCUCCCUAUAAAGAUCCUGAACAAGUCAAGACAAUAUUUUUGUUUCUCAUCAAGCAAUUAUCUGGAUUGCGUGAUCCUAAGGAUCCUGCAUUCAAACGUUAUUUCUAUUUGCUUGAGAAUUUAGCCUAUGUCAAAUCAUUCAACAUGUGCUUUGAAUUGGAGGAUUGCCAAGAAAUUUUCUGUAAUCUCUUCCAGCUUAUGUUCAAAAUUGUGAACGAUGAACACUCUGGAAAGGUUAAAAGCUUUAUGUUGGAUGUUUUGUGUCCUCUGAUUACUGAAUCAGAUAUAGUGUCAAAUGAAUUAUUAGACAUCAUAUUAAUGAAUAUUGUGGAGCCUAAUAAAUCACAAAAAAAGAAUGCUUAUGCCCUUGCAAAGGAGCUCGUUGUGAAGUGUAGUGACACACUAGAGCCUUAUAUUCAAGCAUUUUUCAACCAUGUGCUAAUUCUUGGAAAAGAAGAACGUGGCUUGGGGAUAGCAUCUAAAGUGUAUGACCUUAUCUAUGAGCUUAACCACAUUUGUCCGUCUGUCCUACUCGCUGUUUUGCCACAGUUGGAAUGCAAGUUGAAAAGUGCUCAAGAAGUUGAGAGACUUGGGGCUGUUUCUUUACUGGCCAGAAUGUUUUCAGAAAAAGAUUCAACUCUUGCCAGAGCACAUCAUCAACUUUGGAAAGCUUUCCUUGGCCGUUUCAAUGACAUCAGUGUCACUAUUCGCAUAAAAUGUGUGCAGUACUCAAUGCAUUUUCUACUGAAUCACCCAGAAUUACGAAAGGAAUUAACAGAAACUUUGAAAUUACGUCAGCAUGACUCAGAGGAAAAUGUUCGGUAUGAGGUUGUGAUGGCAAUCGUUGCAACUGCUAAGCGAGAUUUUGAAGUUGUGUCAGACAGUGAGGAUCUACUUGAGUAUGUCAAGGAAAGGACUCUUGAUAAAAAGUUCAAAAUUCGAAAAGAGGCUAUGUCUGGGCUUGCCAUGAUCUACAAGAAACACUUGAAUGAUUCAGAUGUACCACAAGCAACUAAAAAAGCUGUUACUUGGAUCAAAGAUAAAAUUCUACAUGGUUAUUAUAUGACUGGAAUGGAAGAUAGGCUUUUGGUCGAGAGACUGCUCAACACUUGCUUAGUUCCAUAUCAACUUCCAGCUGAGGAGAGAAUGAAGAAGCUGUACCACCUCCUUGGUACAAUUGAUGAUCAUGCUACCAAGGCAUUUGUUGAAUUACAAAAGAAUCAAUUAGCUGUUCGGAAAAGUGUUGGAGAGUGGUUGGAUAUUCAUAGGAGACCAGUUUCACCAGAAAGGGAUCGUGACAUUCAGCAACGCAUUGUAGCAAUAUCCAGAUUUCUUCCAGAGCCUGUUAAAGCCCAAGAAUUUCUUACGAAGUUCUCCACUAAUCUUCUUAAAGACCAGAGUCUUCUCGUUGGAAUGGAAGCUGUUGUAAGACCUGACAUUUCAUGCAAAGAGUGUGCUGAUACUACGUCUUUAAUUUUGAAGAAGCUUGGUCAACCUGUUAUGACAAAUUUGUAUUACAAUACUGUUAAAAUGUUGCUGGAACGAAUAUCUUCAGUAAUGGUUGAUCAGCAAGCAUUAAAGAUACUGGUUGGCUAUGUUGAAGAUUGCUUAAAAGGUGGCAAUCUAAUUGAAGAAGUUGGCCUUCAUCCCAACACAGCGGGGGAGCGAGGAUUGAAGUUAUUGGUGAUGUUGUCCUAUGUGUUUCCAUCACAUUUUCUUCACCAAGACAUCCUUUCUCAUUUGAUUUCAUUUUUGGAUUUGGAAGAUGAAGUUGCUCCACUAGUAUUGUCUGUGUUGACGUUUUUGGGGAAAUAUCGUCCCAUUGGUGAACAAUUCCCAGAUAUUGCCCAAAGCUUGAUUCCCACUUGUAAGAGGUUGUCUGUUGAAGGCACACCAAAACAGGCAAAGCAAGCUAUUAGGUGCCUUUAUAUCAAUGUUAUCAACAAUCAAGACACACUUUUUGCUGAAAUCCUUGAGAGAAUAAAAGAACAUUUAGAACCAUCGUCAGAACAUUACAGAACAGCUAUUGUUGCCCUCGGCCAUAUUGCUUACAAUCUUCCUGAUAAAAACCCAGUGCAAAUUAAAAACAUAGUGUCAAGAAAGAUUGUUAAGGAAUUGCUUGUAAAGGAAUAUGUUGACUGGAUUGGUGUUGACCAUGAUGAUCCAUGGUGCAGAGAAGAUGCCUUGCCUGAGGAAACACGAUGCCGUGUAGAGGGAAUGAAAACAAUGGCUCGUUGGCUCUUAGGACUCAAAGCUGAUACUGUUUCUGCCCAAAAGACCUUCAGAAUGCUCAAUGCUUUUAUAGUACAAAAAGGCGAUCUUUUACAAUCAAAUAAAUUGAGUAAAGCAGAGAUGUCAUGGCUACGACUGGCAGCUGGUUGUGCUAUGCUGAAAAUAUGUGAACAGAAAGGUGUGGGCGAUCAGUACAGUGUGGAACAGUUUUACAACCUUUCCCAACUGAUGGUUGAUGAAGUUCCUCAAGUCAGAGAAAUAUUUGCCACUAAACUACACAAAGGCCUCGGUAAAGGCAUUCCCAACAAAUGCUUGCCCCUGGAUUUUAUGGGUUUUUAUGCUUUAGCUGGUCUAGAAACAGAAAAGCGAUUAAAAGUUCUGAUUAAAAAUUACAUGGUAGCAGAUAUUAAUAAAAGAAGAGAUUACAUCAAACAACUUACAAUGGGUGCAUCUGCUGCGUCCAUGGAAAAGGCAAUGAGCCAACUUAAACACAUUUUGCCGGAUUAUAUGCUAGUAUUUGCCGUCCCUGUUCUCACUCACCACCCGGAAUACAAAAGCAAUGAGGAUAUUGAUGAACUCAAUACAAUAAGACAAUGUUUAUGGUUUGUUUUGGAACCAUUAAUGCAGAAAAAUGACUUCUAUAGCUAUAGUUUUUACAAAGAUGUUGUAGAGCGUAUGAAAAACCAUAAAGAUGCUCUUAAGGGUGAGACAUCCGGGUUCAAUGAAAAAAUGUGGGCAGUGUGUGAUCUGGCUAUGAUUUUACUGAAUACAAAGUCCACAACUUUUGAGUUGAAGGAGUUUAUAACUGAGGCAAGAAUACCUACAAUGUAUUUUAAGAGACACGAAGAUCCCAAUUUUGUGAAUACUGGUCAUUAUCUUCCUCCUGAAAUGUACCAACAAAACCCAACUGUUAAGAAGACUGUUCCUGUAAAUAGUAAUUCUUCAUCCAAUACUAACAAUACUAAUAGCAACAACACCAAUGAGAAAACAUCAGCUCCAGCUGCUACAAAUACUUCAGCUACAAUUGAAAAACCCUUACCAGUGACAAACACCACUGGAGGUCGCAAACUUCGUGGGCGCAAACUGGAGAACACAACUAAUGAGACUGAUGUACAAAUGGAAGAAAAUGGGGAGCCACCAGCAAAAAGGGUUCUUCGAGGAAAUGCCAACAAAGUCGCAGCAGAGUGAGCAUUUAAAUAUCGCGGGGCUGUUCAAGGUGAAAUGCCAUGCCCAUCCUAUGCAGUGUAUAUAAAGUAGAAUAGAAGGGACUAAGCUCAACCCUGAAGAAAGCAGUUGAUAAAGUAGCUGUUGUAAUUCAUGCGUCAUGAUCUCAUCACUAUUGAGAAUUUUAUUUUUAAGCUAGUGGUCAAGAUUGUGACGCUUUUGGCAUAGGGUGAUGGGACAUUGAGCAAAUGUUUGUAUAUUUGAUUGGCUAAACUCUUUUAGGACGAGGUGCUCAAACUCAGUUACACCAACUGGUUGUCUGUUGAUGUUUUGGCCUCUUUUCUCCUGUGAUUCAUAAACAGUUAUCUUUGGCAAAGAAAUGCGUUUUCUUUUCUUUUUCUCUUUUUUAUGUGGGACAAAGGGCAUAUCACCUUGUAUGAAGUUCCACCAAUGUACCUUUCAUUAAUAAUUAUUGUUCAGAUUACAUAAAUGUUCUAGAUGCAUGAAAUGUUAAAAAUGCCAAGUUCCAAAAUUGAUAUAUUGAUAGUGUAUGGUUAAUGUACCAAAGAUUAUAUCUAAUGAACCCUACAUGGUGUGGUUGUAAUUUGCCCUGCACUGAUUUUAAAUGGCAUUCCUCCUGUUGGCUCUGUAAAUAAUUUUUAUCUCAUCUGGCUCUGCAAAUUGUCACCGAAGUGCAAAGUGGUACUGUAUUUGUUUACGAUUUUCGUGAUAAAAGCUAAAUAUAAGUACUUUCAUUAUAA